UAGGUGCAGAUACGGAUAUAUUUCAGAUUCUCCGCUGCUGUUACAGUUUAAUAUUAAAAUUUAAAUCGCUAAAUUAUUUGAUGACAAACGGAUGCAGCAGCUCUCGUCAUAACGGUGUACAGAGCCGAAACAAUAGAACGAUCUUGGAUUAACUAUGGCACGUUACCAGAAGACUCGUUCGUCAACCCGGAAAAUGCAAAACAAAAAGAAAGAAAAAAAAACUGCAGAGGCAAAAGAUUCCCAGUCAUUAUCUGAUGACAACGAAGUCAAAGAUGCCAUUGCAACUUCACAUAUUGCCGACUGCGAGAGAGCCGUUGAGGUUAUUCACUGGAUGCCAGCAUCGGCUGGAAGCGUUAUUCAAAUCCCUGCUGGACAAGAGUCUGAACACUGCAAUAGUCAUGUUCAUGAGGACGGUAACUUAUUGGAGGUACCAGUUUUCGAUACGGAUACGGCUGAAGAUUUGACGAUGGCAUCCGCUGUUUUGGGGGACAUUGAAAAUGGUCUGUCAACUAGCCCAUCUCUUUCUGGCCAAACAACUCCCUCUGCGGAAAAUAAGGAACGCAGCGUCAUCGUGUCAGAAUCCAAUUUCAGGCAUGAGCAAGACGAUGAAGUGGAAUUGCCAAGAAAUUUGGAACUUAGAAAAGAUCUUUUGCUGGAACCUUCCACUAACUAUCUAGAAAUUGAUGAAGAAAAUGAACUCCUCAAGACGGAAACUUCCGUAGACAGGGAUGAAUUAGAAAAUUCAUAUGUUGAUAACCCACACGAUAGUCAGUCGCCUUCCGGCUACAUAACAUUGGCAUCUUGUCAUUUGCCUAGCGUCGUCCAAGAUAUUGACGAAUCUCCGGACGCGUCUAUCGAAGCGACCAAUGGUUUAAUGCCAAUUCCAAGCAUGUUCAACUUCAAUCCGUCUUGUUGGAUGCAGAACAGCUACGAGGAAGCUCAAGCGCAUUUGGCUCUUCAAUCUUCGCAUCAGCAGCUUGGCUCGCCUUGCCAUUAUACUGUGAUGUCAACAAAAAACAGCCAUUUGGAGUAUCCACAUCCAUCAUUCAUGAUGAUGGAAGAUCCAUUCAAAUCAUUGCCGGUUCCUGCGGGAUCCAACGCGUUGUAUCACCUUGACACCAACAAUCGGCGGAUCUGGGUUCCAGAAAGCUCUUCAGCAGGUGGAAGUUUUAUUAUGGAUCGUAGUGGCAGAUCUGGGUACAGCGGACAUCGUUUAGAGCAAUUGCAAGAAGGUGGCAUUUUUAUGGCGGCCGACAUUGAAAAGGAGGACAUGCUCCAGCACGCUGUCAGCCUAGAACGAUACCCAAACCCCUACCGUUGUUUGAGAGGUUCUAACCCGAGCAGAGCCCAGUAUGAAAAAGAUUAUAAAAAAUCCGCAUGCGAUCGAGAACGAACUCGAAUGAGAGACAUGAACCGAGCAUUUGAUUCUUUACGCGAGAAGUUGCCAUACAUUAAGCCCCCAGGGAAAAAAUUAUCGAAAAUCGAAUCGCUCAGGUUGGCAAUAAAGUACAUACGUCAUUUGCAGUUUUUGUUGGCUUCUCCUCCUGGUAGUACAGUGGAUUUUGAAGCGACAAAUUUUUCUCUGGAUCCGUUGCCGUCCUGGCGUUCCGUGGGAUUGCUGUCCACUUCUUCUGGUGAAGCCUCAACAUCGAGCGACCAUCGAACUACUGCAACCAACAGCUACGGCUUUUCAUCUAUGCUGCUAAGACAUAGUCAACAAAAGAGCAUGGGUUUGGCUGCUGUAGGAUCGGCGGGCGUUGAUGUCGAAGACAUCGAUCAUCCGUUCAACUCUUCGAACGUAGGGGCGCAUCCGUUUUCUUGCACAUACGACGAGGCUUCGCCCUUAAACUGGAUUCAGCCAAAUUAAAUAACUAGGUGACCCAUUUCCGAACCAAUCGACGGAAAAUAACUUUUAGCUGAGAGAUUGGUAACCUUUUGUACUGUCGCUGGAGUUUUCUGAGGAAAGACAAGCAUUACUGUCCGAUACAAUUCAAUCUAUUCAACAAUUCCAGCUACUAAAAGAUAUCAAAUAGGACGACGAAAUAAAGUAUAGUGGAAUUUUUUAUGGCAUUUCUACAUCACGAUGGCAUUACCAUUGGUAAAAAUACAAAAUUUUGAGCA